AUGGCGGCGGCUGGCGACCUGUCCGACGAUGAGAAGCGGGCGAUGCGGGGCAGCAAGUUCGCGCCGCUUCCUCCGCCUCCUCCCUCAUCGCGCCCCCAGCCGAGGAUGGCCCAUCCUGGAGGACCACUAACUACAAACAAGGCUGCCGCUUUAGCAAAAUUCCUUGAGAGAAAACUUCAGCAGCCUGAUGGCUUGGACUCCCUGAACCCUGACCUUGUAAAACUGGCUGUGAAAAAUGCAAAGGAAACCAUAAAAGCUAGCAAUGGCGAGCCUUCAACUUCAGGAAGAGUAGUACGACAUGUUUCCUCAUUUGAGGAUGGAUCUGAGAAUUCUGAAGAUGAAGCAGAGGUGAAGGGGAUCAAAAGAAAAAGGAAAAAUAAGAAGGUUAAAGCUCAUCAAGAUGACGAACAGCAGAGCAAGAAAAAGAAGAAAAAGAAAAAGAAAAAGAAAAAGAAAAAGGGCAAAGGUCUUUGA